AUGCUAUUCGCCUACACUGAAAAGGAAUUUCGUAGCGUAUACUCGACGACUGUAUUCGAUAAUUGGUCGAUCACCGUCAAUAUUGAGCAUCGAACUUACAACGUCAAUAUUUUCGAUACAGCAGGACAGGAAGACUAUAUGCAUUUACGAUGUCUUAGCUAUCCAAAUACUGAUGUCUUCUUGUUAUGCUUCUCUUUGGUUGAUCCCAAAAGUCUAGAUGUUUGCCAGACGAUUUGGUUGCCUGAGAUACGCAAAUACGCGGGUGAUAAUGUCCCAGUGUUGCUGAUCGGCACCAAAGAGGACCUUAUGGAAUCAACGGACGAAAGAAAACGGGUAUCGUUCGAAGCGGCUCGCAAAGCCGCUAAUGAGAUGGGUUGCGUAAAAUUUCUUCCAUGCUCAGCGCUUACACAUCGAGGUCUUAAGCAAGUGUUUGACGAGGCGUUCCUGGUUGCCAUCGGAAUAACUAUUAAAGAUGAUUAUCGAUCACCUUGUUGUUCUCUAUUCUAA